AUGUUUUCGUUUAUAUUACUGUUCAUAGCACCACAGUUAGUGUACGGUAGAUCACCAGUAUCAUCACCAUGUACCUGUACUGAUGGUACUCAAGUACCACCUGGAGAACAAAUCAUGGUUUCACCAUGCCAUGGGUGUUACUGUGAUGAAAAAACCCAUACAGUCUUCCCAAUCAUAAUCAUGUGCUCACCUGUUAUCAAUUGUGUUGAUCCCCAAAAUGACCCAGACAAGUGCUGCCCAACUUGCUCAAAUGGAGAGAACUGUCUAGCUAGCUUUAUUGAUGAUAAUGGUGAAAAGAAAAGUAAAAUUAUUCUGGUCAAUGAUGGUGAGGUUGAGUUUGGAUCUAUUAAAUGUCAAUGUGAUAAAAGUCAUAUGUACCAUGGUGGUGAACCUAAAGCAUAUUGUACUCCCCAACCAGGUGAUAAAAAUGAAGCACCAGUAAUUCAACUUCUAUAA